CCCACAAGUGUCGAAGCUGAGUCCCACUCAGUACUGAAAAAAGUUAAGAAAUAAUUUUGGUGAAAUUUCGUCAAUGAAUUUGUGAAAAUAUAACAAAUUAGAUUUAAAAGUAGUGUCGCCGUCGUUAUUCUUAAAUACGAAAAACGAUGGAGAGUUUUUUCGGUCGAGGCCACGACGGAUAUGUGGGACGUAAAGAACAUAUUAAAAAGUUGCAUGCGAACAGUUCGGAAGAUGACAAUUUGGACGAACUGCCACCGAUGAUGGAAGAACUGUGUGUGGUGGACGGUCUGCGACCAAGCCCCGGUGGUCCGUUCUCUGCGCUGACGCCUUCCAUGUGGCCACAAGAAAUUCUCGCGAAGCUUGGACAACCCGAAGCGGAGGUUGCUGGUCCUAAUGAUCAGCCAGAUUACCGCUUUGACGAAUUCGGUUUUCGUGUGGAAGAAGAAGACGGUCCGGAACAAAACUCCAAUAAAUUGCUUUCCCAACCAUUAGUUGAAGAUGCGCAGCAUCGAUUGCAAUGGAUUGCACAUUUAGAGUUUUCACAUAACAAAGAGGCUACAGAAUUGACUUGGGAGAAUGUGGAUGUUGUACUGCCACGCACCGAAAAGUUGCGAAAUAUGGUGCGUGAGGGUAUACCGCAUUCACUGCGCGCACAAAUGUGGAUGCGUUUAUCUGGCGCGCUGGCGAAGAAGCAGAAAAGUGAAACUAGUUAUCAUGAUAUAGUUAAGGCCUCAGGGAAUGAUCAACUUAUGACCUCAAAACAAAUUGAAAAAGAUCUGUUGCGCAUAUUACCGACAAAUGCCUGCUUCAGCAAUCCGCAUGGUACUGGCAUACCACGACUGCGCCGCAUACUACGUGGAAUCGCAUGGCUCUUUCCAGAUAUUGGCUAUUGUCAAGGUACUGGUGUAAUUGCCGCUUGCUUGUUGCUUUUUAUGGAGGAAGAAAAUGCUUUCUGGAUGAUGGCGACAAUAGUGGAAGACCUAUUACCCGCUUCGUACUAUUCAUCAACAUUGCUUGGCAUACAAGCCGAUCAGCGUGUCAUGCAAACGCUGAUCGCAAAUUAUCUAACGUCGGUUGACGAGACACUGAAAAAGCAUGACAUCGAAUUAUCCCUCAUUACGUUACAUUGGUUUUUAACACUGUUCGCCAAUGUUGUGCAUAUGAAGAUUUUAGUGCGCAUUUGGGAUUGGUUUUUCUAUGAUGGCAGUAUAGUACUGUUUCAACUCACAUUGGGUAUGCUGAAGUUGAAGGAAAAAGAUUUCCAACAUCUUGAAAACUCAGCGCAAAUAUUCAAUUCGUUAUCGGACAUUCCGGGUGAAGUAGAUGAUGUAGAGAUACUGUUCAAUCAAGCACUCGAGGUGGGAGGCUCUUUGAGUCAAACGGUCAUCGAUACGCAUCGUCGACGUCAUCUUGCUUAUCUGAUGGCUGAUCAGGGUGGCCUAGUUGGCAAUCCCGAGGCCGUUCCGAAUCUACCCAAACAGCAUUUAGCCCGUCGGCAAGUACGCAAAAGCAAGUCCAUAUUAGAAACAUUGCUCUUUCGCGGGGACAAUGAUUCGGUCGAGCUGAAAAAUAAAAAUAUAAGACAAACUGAGAUUCUGGUCGAUUUGCGUGAAGCAAUAUUAAAGGUGGCACGUCACUUUAUCACCAUUGAGCCGAAGUUAACAGCUCACAUUCAACUGACAGCGAAUUAUAGCACUGAUUCGCAUGCUAAGGACCAUGAAAACUUCAUAAAUGUCGCGCGUCGACGCCAACGGAGAGCGAAAGCUUUGCAUGACUUCGAACGGCACGACGACGAUGAGCUGGGCUUCCGCAAAAAUGACAUCAUCACCAUAAUUAGUCAAAAGGAUGAACACUGUUGGGUGGGAGAAUUGAAUGGACUGCGUGGCUGGUUUCCGGCAAAAUUCGUCGAAUUGCUGGACGAACGCAGUAAGUUAUACACAUCGGCGGGCGACGACGCAAUUUCGGAAACUGUUACAGAUUUGGUGCGGGGGACACUAGCGCCAUCCAUUAAGGCUUUCCUGGAGCAUGGCAUGAAAAGGCCAUCAUUUCUGGGUGGUUCGAUACAUCCGUGGCUCUUCAUCGAAGAAGCAGCUACGCGCGAAGUGGAAAAGGACUUCGAAUCGGUCUACAGUCGUUUGGUGCUAUGCAAGACGUAUCGUCUCGAUGAAGAUGGAAAAGUGCUGACCCCAGAGGAGUUGUUGUUCCGUUGCGUACAAGCAGUAAACCAGUCGCACGACGAGACGCAUGUGCAAAUGGAUGUCAAAUUGCGUUCACUGAUAUGCCUUGGAUUAAAUGAGCAGGUAUUGCAUUUGUGGCUGGAAGUGUUGUGCUCUUGCCAGGAUGUUGUACAAAAAUGGUAUUACCCUUGGAGCUACAUUGAUUCACCGGGCUGGGUGCAGGUCAAGUGCGAGCUGCGGAUACUUUCCCAAUUUGCCUUCAAUUUGAAUCCAGAUUGGGAGUUGCCACCCAAGAGGGGGAAAGAAUCUCAACCGCUAAAAGAUGGUGUGCGCGAUAUGCUGGUGAAGCACCAUCUUUUUUCAUGGGACUUGUGAGUCUUAUAGCGGCGAGGAAAUUGGAAAAAUGCAUUUGUUUUUAAGUUUAAAAUUUUGUUUUUACAGAAAAAAUUAUAGGCAGCACACUAUAGGUAUUAAGCGUGAUAGUAUUUUUUUUGUUGUUGUUAAGUUUUAAAGUUUUUGUGCAACAUUCCUGCAAUGUCGAUGGGAAAACGUUUAACGCUCUUCUUUUAAGAUUUUUAGUCACAAGUUUAAUGUAGUCUUACUAAAUUUAAGAAUAGAUAUUGAAAUUUAUAGCUAUGCAAAUGCCCAUCCACCACAUUUGCAAGUGGAGUCGAAAGAAAAGAUGCUAGUUAAUUGUAAGAAGUUCCCAACCUUUUUUGCUCCAACUUAUCGUACUUAUUAUGACUAUAAAAUUAAUAUAUAAUAUUAAUGGCAGGCACUGGCAAACCUCCGAGUGUAUUUCUGCCGCGAAAAAGCUCCUCAUAAAAAAUAUCUACCGUUCAGAGUCGGCUUAAAACUGUUGGUCGCUCCAUUUGUGAAACAACACCAAGACGCACGCCACAAAUAGGAGGAGCUCGGCCAAAUACCCAAAAAGGGUGUAAGCGCCAAUUAUAAUUAAUACGCGAUUGCUUUCAAAAACUGUCCACCUCGAAAAGUAAGGUAAUAUUAGAAUACCCAAAUAAAUCUUAUACAAUCCAAUACAAAUUUAUAUAAUUUUCAUUCUUCAACAUUUAAAUGUCUAUUAAAAGCAAAUAACGUAUUUAAUGGUAUUAUCAUAAAUGAUGUAUCAAUUAUAGUCCAUUUAAAUGCAAUUUAUAACUAAUUCGCUCAUUAAAUGUGCGUAUUUAUGAAAAAAUAUGUGUACCGCACGCUUCGAUUUAUGUGUUAAUCAAAGUUUUAGACCAUCCAUACUUUACUUAUGUAUGUUGUUAACUUCAAAACCAAUUAAAGAUCCCGUUAUAAAUAAAUAUGAUACAUUUGAAGAGCA